GGUGAAGGUUUGUUUUGUUUCCUUGGCCACGUUGGUUCUGACCUCAGCUCAGUUUCCUGUCCUGUGUCUACUCCAAUUCCAGCAGUGCCAACCCAAUCAAAGCUGCAUCAAACCUCUGAGCCAUUAAAACUAACAGUUGAAACCGUUCCCAUAACUCUGGACCCCGCCAAGGUACCCUAUCACCCUAGUGCCUGUUUCUUCUUGCCAUGCUCCUUUGAACCUAAGUCAAGAUGUGCACGGGCCUUUGUAAAAUAUCUCAUGAAAGGAAGCAAGAGGACAAAGCGGUUGAAGGAAUCUGUUGCCUCGACUAGUGUUCUUCCUUCAUCAAUAUCCGAAUCUAGGUCCGAAUCCGGAUCAAUGGGUUCUUUUGGUGAACCACAAAGGGAUCCAAUGACUCACACCAUGAGAGAACCUGCUCAUCAGCAAAAAAAGCACCAAGAUCCCCAUGGACGUGGCCGUUUUUCCAAUUCAAAUACUCCCGUUAGUCCUAUUGCUGCACUAUUGAGAGGCAAAAUGGAAAAAUGUGGUCGUUAUGCCAAUUAUGGUGAUAUCGAUGAAUGUGUCGACUGCAUCAUGGAUGAGGAUAAGAAAUUGAAGAGCCUGAAGAAGCAGAAGGCCGUGUCUUUCUGCCAGAAUAAGAAAUACCAAUCGCUCUAA